UUCUUGGCAAGGGAUUAAGACGUUCACUCCUCGGCUCCUCAAUUAUCUCCAAUUGCCAUCAAUUAAACCAAACAAUACCAAAUAAAAUCAGUAAACGCCGAAGAUUCAUUGAAAAUUCCCGUGGAGAAAAUUCUGCCGGUCCAGUGGAUUCCUAUUUAAAUAAACGAAUUAAUUAGCAUUGAUAAUUGACGAAUAAAUCAUUGAAAUUGUGAACGUGCAAGUGAGAACUCUGGUCAAUGGAAUUAACCGACAUUUCGAUUGGAAAUCAUGAGGAGACAGAUAAGUCCGAGGAAAUUAAAAAAUCGAGGAAUCCACAGCUGACGUAUGGAAUUGAUGACGUACCCCCGUGGUAUCUCUGCCUUUUUAUGGCAGUUCAGCAUUAUUUAACGAUGAUAGGGGCCAUCGUCUCCAUUCCAUUCAUCCUCACCCCUGCCCUUUGCAUGGCUGAGGAUGACCCUUCUCGAAGUUACAUUAUCUCGACGAUGAUCUUCGUCACAGGGCUCGUCACACUAGCCCAGACUAUUUUUGGAUGCAGACUUCCCUUGGUCCAGGGUGGUACUAUAUCAUUUUUAGUUCCAACCCUAGCUAUUCUCAAUCUUCCCCAGUGGAAAUGUCCACCCGAAUCUGAAUUGUCAGCGAUGAGUUCGGAAGAAAGAACAGAAAUGUGGCAAAUCCGAAUGCGUGAGCUAUCAGGUGCGAUUGCUGUUUCCGCUUUAUUCCAGGUGUUCAUUGGAUUUUUCGGAAUCGUCGGGUACUUGUUGAAAUUUAUCACUCCCCUGACGAUUACCCCGACGGUGGCCCUUGUGGGGCUUUCUCUCUUUGAAAAUGCAGCGGAAACUGCCUCUCAGCACUGGGGAAUCGCUGGAGGGACAAUUCUGAUGCUGACACUCUACUCUCAGCUGCUGGUGGAGGUCCAGUGCCCCUUCAUCGUCUACAGGAAGGAAGAGGGAUUAAAAAUCAUCUGGUUCUACCUCUUCAAACUGUUUCCAGUACUCUUGACGAUUGUCGUCAUGUGGAUCAUCUGCGGGAUCUUGACAAUUACCGAUGCUCUACCUCUCGGCCAUCCUGGACGAACAGACACAAAGAUCAGAAUAAUCAGUGACUCUCCGUGGUUCAGGGUGCCAUAUCCUGGUCAGUGGGGAAUCCCCACUGUUUCUCUCUCUGGGGUUCUGGGAAUGUUGGCUGGAGUUCUUGCUUGCACUGUCGAAUCCAUCAGCUAUUAUCCAACGACAUCGAGGAUGUGUGGAGCACCACCACCUCCGGUGCAUGCCAUCAACCGGGGAAUAGCCUUUGAGGGUCUGGGGACGGUUUUGGCUGGGCUCUGGGGCAGUGGAAAUGGCACGAAUACUUUUGGAGAAAAUGUAGGAACCAUUGGGGUGACUAAAGUGGGGAGUAGGAGAGUGAUACAGUGGGCAUGUGUCCUCAUGAUCCUUCAGGGACUCAUCAGUAAAUUUGGGGCGGUCUUUAUCAUCAUCCCCGAGCCCAUCGUCGGGGGCAUAUUCUGCGUCAUGUUCGGAAUGAUCUGCGCAUUUGGUCUGUCUGCACUUCAAUAUGUGGAUUUGAAUUCCUCAAGGAAUCUCUACAUCCUUGGCUUCUCUAUUUUCUUCCCGAUGGUACUUUCCAAAUGGAUGAUCAAAAAUCCAGAUGUUAUCCAGACUGGCAAUGAAGUGGCAAAUGGUGUGAUAACUGUUCUCCUUAGUACAACGAUUCUUGUUGGAGGUGUGACUGGUUGUGUACUCGAUAAUUUUGUUCCAGGGACGUCCGAAGAGCGAGGACUGGACAAGUGGGCGAAUGAAAUGGCCCUGAACUUUUCGGAGAGCGCAGAGGACGAGGGAAAAGAACCAGAAUAUAACACAUUUGACUUCCCAAUUGGCAUGAAAUUACUCCGAAGGUGGAAAUGGACGUCGUACCUCCCCUUUUCACCCACCUACAAACCCCGAGCGAUGACCUGUCGACGCAGAAAGUCCACUUACAACGUCGAGUGAUGAAAUAAAACCACAAAUGCCAAUAUCUUCAAUAAAUAAUUUUAUUUUCUGUACAAUUA